AAAUUUCAAUAUGGGUGUGGCUAAUGUUAAUAAAUUAAAGAUGGCGUUCAGUAAAGAAAACAAUGGACAAUGGAGUCCAUUAGAUAGCGAGAAGGAGGCCGUGGAGAUGAAAGAGAUCAAGAUGGAGUCCUUUACUCCUCUCAAUCCUUUCCCUGAGGAAGAGGAUGAAGACUCUGACGGCCCAGAGGUUGGAACAGAACCAGAUAAAACCUUCCUAAUAAAGAUGGCCACAACUGUAGACACAACAGGAGAAGAAGCAGACGAAGCACAGAAGGAGAGAGAGGGUAUUUAUACAGACUACGAGGAAGUACUUCGCCUGGUUGGUUUUGGAAAGGCUCAGAUACUGAUCAUGCUAGGCGUCGGUCUUGUACUAGCGUCAGAUUCAGUAGAGGUCCUUGGUAUUGGAUAUAUACUCCAGUACCUUCGACUGGAGACUGAGUUUGGUAUCGCAUCAUGGCAGGUGGCACUACUGAGCUCUAAUACAUUCGUUGGAAUGCUCAUCGGUGGUUAUAUUUGGGGAGGUCUCUCGGACAUUGGUGGUAGGAGGACUGUUCUUAUCAUGUCGCUCUUCUUCAAUUCAUUCUUUGCUUUUGUCUCUGCCAUGUCCCCUAACUAUUACUUCUUACUAGCAACACGAUUUCUAAGUGGAGUUGGGGUUGGUGGUUCCCUCCCUGUCUUUGGUCCUUAUCUCUCAGAGUUUGCUGGUUCUAAGUACCGAGGGUCUUAUCUCAACUUCAUGUCCACCUCUUGGAUUACAGGCGCUGUGGCUGUGACCGGUGUAGCCUGGGCCCUCUUACCACAGGAGGACAUUGGUCUAACGGUCAAUGGAACGUCAGUCCACAGCUGGAGAGUGUUCUUGUUUCUCUGUGCUGUUCCGGCUUUUGUGGGUGGAGUCUUGUGCAUUUUGAUGCCAGAAGGACCAAGAUAUUUGAUUGAAGUUAGAAAGGAGAAGAGAGCGAUAAGGAUUUUGAGGAACAUGUAUUAUCUGAAUAAUCCACUUAAAUAUUUUAAUAAGAUCGACACCUUUCCAGUUAAAGGUAUCAAGUUGCAUCUCUCAGUUCAAUCUGAUUCCAGUCCUUCCAUUAAAUAUUUACUUUGUAAUUGUCACAAAAACUUUCUUGAGAUUUUAAAGCGAACGUUGAAACUCUUUCACAAAAACCUGGUCAGAUCCACCAUAUUGUUAAUGUUCAUUAAUUUUGGACUAUCAUUUGGGUCGUAUGGUGUCACCCUCUGGUUCCCCUCCUAUGUUGAUCAACUCACUAAUAAUGGACUAACCACACCCACCAGUGAAUGGUGUAACAGUACUCUAUCUUCCUUUACUUUGGACGAUAAUUCAAACAAAGGUUCCUCCUUCCUUUGCAGCUGUCCUCUAACGUCCUAUUCUAAUGUAACCAUUGGAAUCAGCUCUGGGGAUACAUGGCGGGCGUGGCAGUCAUCAGCAACUAACAUGACAAUAAGUGGCGGCCAUUAUAAGUGGGUGUGGCUUGACACUGUACGUUGGGAUACAGUGCAUAUCACUAAUGUGUUUAUCAAUAAUUUACUGAUGAAGAAUUCAACGUGGAUCAGUGUUAGACUCAAUAAUGUCUUUAUUAACAACACUUAUGUGUGUGAGACCAAGUUUAUUAACGUAUCCUCUGAUAAUGACAGUACUGCUGAGGAACUGUUUAAUGAAUCUCUUUGUCAAGAUCUCCUCCUAUUGCCUGGUCCUUUCUGUCCAGCUGGUGAAGGUGAAGUGAUGGCGCCUAAGGACUAUGAUGCAGAAUAUUCACACGAUCUUAUUAUAACAGCUUCUGGAUAUGUGGGGAAUUUAGUGUCAGCUAUUGCUGUGUUUUUCUUUAUCCGGUCUUACUGGCUGGCAUUCUCUCUCUUCAUAUCAACCAUUAGUGUAUUUAUGUUGUAUUUCAUUCGAACUGAAACGGGUGCUGUUGUGUUACUGUGUGUAUUCAAGGCAAUCACCAUACCGGCCUGGAGCAGCACCACUGUACUAGUAGCUGACCUCUUCCCCACUGCUCUGAGAUCAACAGCAGUGGGUGUGUUCCUAUUAUUAGCCAGGAUAGGUGCUAUUAUUGGUACUUAUACUUUUGGUCUAUUCACUUCAACCAGUCAAGUGUCAGUGCCUGUUCUACUCACAGCUGCUAUACUACUGGGCAGUGCCAUCCUCUCUUUAAUGCUCCCUUGGACUACAAGAAAGACUUCUUUAAAAUAAAUGUAUCAUUACUGUGUUUAUAUACCAUCAACUAGCAAAUUUAAAUUUAUUGUGAUUUUAUUAUCAUUGUUCUUUAAUUACUUAAUUAACUAGCUAUCAAUGAA